AUGCCCCUCCCGAUACUCGACAGCCCGCUGCUCACCCUCCCUGUCCUCGACACUUUGCUCGCGCGCACAACAGACCCCGUACAGAGGGUCCAACUCCUCGGUGCGAGGGUGCAUGUGUUGGCAAAGGACGUUCCGGUUCGGCAUGCGACUGGAGCACCUUCAGCGUCCGCCGCUCCAGAGUCUGCUUUGGCAACGACUGCUCUGAACGCCAACACGGAUGCUGUCUGUAUCACUACCCAGGUCAAUGCCAGCUCUACCGGCGCGGCUGAAGCGCCCCUCCCAGCUCACACUCCUGCUCCUCGUCACGCACCCCGCAUCCCGUCCGACCCCACACCGAUACUCGCCGCCCGCCUUGCCCUCGCGGACGCGCACCUCCUCCUGCCCAUCCCAGACCAGCAUGCCGCCGAGGCUGAGGCACUGGGUGUAGAGGGAGAGUGCAAGAAGCUGAGUAAGGCUGCGAAGCGGUGGACGGGGAUCGAGGCAGCCGCGGACGGCAGUGCCGAGGCCACAGCUUGGGUCAGCCAGCUGCCUGCCCUGCGCGUGCGUGCGCUCCGCGUGCUCGUUGCUGUGGAAGAGGGGCUUGGGAGGCCCGCGCGUGCUGAGAGGUGGGGUAGCCUCGCGGACGAGCUGGAGGGCAAGUGA